AUUUUUGUUGCUACAACAAGACUCAGACAAACAAUGACGUCUGCCUGAAAUUGUCUGAGUGUACAUUUUGGUCAAUUAUGGUAAAGCGCUGUUGUUACGGUGUUUGUAACACCGACAGUCGGUACGAGGAUCGACUUCAGGACGGUGUACGUAUUUUGCCAUUUCCGAAGAAGUCAAACAACUUAGAAAAGUGUCUGAAAUGGAUAAAGGCCUGCGGAAGACCGCACUCACAGUUCAAUGUUGAACGGAUAACGAGAGCAACUUACAUUUGUUCAAAGCAUUUUGUCAACAAAAAUGGGCCAACAGAAGAAUAUCCCGACCCGAUACCAUUUGAUGGACGAACUCCAAAACCAGCAAGAAAAGUCCUCACCAAAAGAGUGAUUGAAACCCCAAAAGCUGCACCAAACAGACAAGUGAAAAGAAAAUUGAUCUACAGUGAAACAUCAGAAAUUCAAACAACAGAAAUAACACCAGAUUCCAACAAAGAAAAUAUACCACCAGAUUUUAACAAAGAAAACACUGUUGCUAUACAAACAGAAGGAGGAUGGGCUGACCCAAUUGAUAUUCUGUCUUUAACAGUGCAAAAGGAGAUUUUGGAGAGAGACCUUGCAAGAAAAAUAUUGGAUAAUGAAAAGCUAACAUUGAAUAAUGCAUCCAGGAAAUCCCAGAGAAUAUUUCAAGUUCAACAGAGGGAAAGGUCAAUUUUUUCAGCCGAAAACUUUACUAAAGAUGACAAAAUGUUGAGAUACUACAGUGGCUUUAACAAUACUGAAUUUAAUGCAGUUUUUAAGUUUUGAGUGCCAGAUUCAUCAAAUUAUC